GAACGAGAAGCAUAUUCAUGAAUUAUGACAAAGCGGGAAUAAAAUGACUAAUAAUUUGCGAAAGGCUUUCGUUUUGGUGUGAUUUGUCUGCCUGCAGUUACAUCAAGAAGUGAGAAUGGGAGGUCGUUGUUCUUUGACUGGAUGUGUCAAGCUGACAUUCACAGUUUUUAAUGCUUUAUUUUGGCUCCUGGGAUGUGCUCUCAUCGGCAUGGGUGUUUGGCUCCACAUCAACAAAGGCCCCUAUGUUGACGUCUUGGCCCCCGGCUUCAACUGGUUGAGUGCAACCGCCCUGAUCUUGACCACAGGUAUUCUCUGCGUUCUCAUCGGUUUCAUGGGAUGCUAUGGGAUUCUUAUAGAGAAUCGAUGCAUGCUGAUUACGUAUUUCCUCUUUGUCUUGUUCGUGUUUGCCCUGGAGGUGAUAGCCGCGUUGAUUGGCGUCUGCUAUCAGGAUGAGUUGAAGAUAUUAAUGAAGGAUGAACUUCAGUACGGCAUCAGGGCAGUUUAUCCAAUACCAGGUGUUGAUGAUCCGAGUGGGUUAAGGGCGACAUGGGAUGGCAUGCAGUCUGCGCUGCAGUGCUGUGGCGUCACUAACUACACGGACUGGUUCACAUGCAACGGCUGGAAGAAGCAGAACUGGGUUCCGGAUACGUGCUGCCUUGACAUUUCGAAAAACUGCGGCAAGUCGAAAGAUCCCAAUAAGUGGCAAUCUAAGGGGUGUCUCGAAGAAAUACUCUACGUCAUGCAACAACAGUAUUAUGUUCUUGGAGUCGUCGCAAUCGUUUUUGCCGUGAUUCAGAUUAUGUGCAUGGUGGCGUCGUUAGUUUUGUAUUCACAUCUCAAGAAACAGCUGAAGAGAGUUACACGGAGGAAAUGAGGUUGAAGUUUUGAAAGGCCGCAAUUUUGCUUCAUGUUAAUGUUUGCGUGUCACGUUGUGUAAUGACGUUUCGAAAGUGCCCCCAAAUGACUGAUUUAAGUUGUUGUGGCCUAAGGUAGCGAUACUAUCUCGUCAAACAUAUCAUUUGAUAAUUUCUUAGCGAUUGAUGCAGGAUACUUUGGUUGCUCAUAGGCCUACUCUAUGCAAAACUAGGCCUAUUGUAAAGAUGCCCUUGGAUGGCUCAGAUGUGUACCCUCAGUACAUUGGCAUUGGUACAUGUAUGAGGUAGAAUGUAGGGGCCAACCUUACAGUUUACAUUCCAGUCGGUUCAGUACUCUGUCAAGUCAGGUAUAGUAGGGUAGUAAGACUGUUCAAUAUUUUCUUCCUUUACGAAUUCAUGCAAAGGUACAAAUGGUUCAAAAUAAUCCUGUGUGCAUGGUGACUCAUGUUCGCAAACAUGACCAUAUCAAUAAAUCACCAGUGCCACGCUUUCUUGAAAGAAAAACAGAUUUUUCACAAUUCAUUUAGGCAGAUUAUCGAAAUAUAUUUCAGUAUUUUAAUUCAAAAAAUAUUUUCGAGUGUGUUAUUACACCGAUUGAGGUUCAUUUCUGAAAUCUAUAAAAAAAACAUCCGCCUUAAGAUUGAAGUUUCACACUUCGGAAUACUUCCUUUGAACUUUUUGCAACGUUAAGACGUUUUGGGAAAUAUUUUAGUUGCAUUUUUAAAUGUUGUGUACAUGUGCAGUGUAUUGUAUUGCAGUUUUUGUAGAUCCAUUUAUGUAUCAAUAUACCUCAUGAGAUGUAUUUAUUGUAAGGCAUUGACUAUUUACGGGGUGCCUGUAUUUUGUAUUUUUUGAUGAAGUGUGUAUUGCAAAUUUUAUGAAUUUUUACAAUUUCAUAAUUUUUUUCCAAAGACAUUUUUAGAUGGUUUUAACUUUGAACCUACUAGCUAAUUUUGUACCUCAAUUUUGCCUGUAAUAUCUAUUAACUACCUUCGAAAGACAAUUUACCCAUGCAGUGCAUGUAGAUGUGCAUGGGAGAGUUGAAUUGUUCAUCGAGAUUCAAGAGUUCAAGAGUUCAUAUUGUUCUGGCCAAGAUACUUUGUUGAACUCAGGAAUGUGACUAGAUCACAUUUUCCAAAAGAUAGUGCUUUUGUACAACACCAGAUUAUCCUAGGGUAGGCCCAACCAAUGCUAAGAGUAAUACUCUUUCACAGUGUCAACUAAAGCCGGUCAACUAUGACACCUUAGAUAGUGGUGUUUCACAACACUAGACUAUCCUCAGGGUAGGCCCAACCAAUGCUAAGAGUAAUACUCUUUCACUGUGUCAACUAAAGCCGGUCAACUAUGACACCUUAGAUAGUGGUGUUUCACAACACUAGACUAUCAUCAGGGCAGGCUGCACCAAUGCUAAGAGUAAUACUCUUUCACAGUGUCAACUAAAGCCGGUCAACUAUGACACCGGCUGCCCAGGGCUGUGGAACAUAACGAUUUGUGAUCCCACUAUUACCGUUACGCGACAAAAGAUCAGCCAAGUAUCUUUGACCAGACCUAUCUGAAAAACACUUCACCUGUGGUUAAAUUCAACGCCAUGAUUGGUGUUCAUGCAUUGAUCAAAAUUUAAUUUUCACACAAACAAUUCAGUAUUUACGUAAGAGUUUCUUUCCCAAGUUAAACUUUCCUCACUGCUAAACCUGGCGGUCCAACUUAGAACUUUUCAGGAAGAAGGUGUCGCAAUCUAAUGCAUCAAGGUGAGUAUAUUUCAAUGCAUUGUUGAAAAUUAACUUUUGAUCAGUGUGUAUCUUUCACAGUCUUAUGAUAUAUACAGAUGUAUACAAGUAAUCUUUUUCUAAGUGCACAUAAUAUACUCUUACUAUUGGAAUUCCAAGUCAAAUUGCAUAUCAGACA